AUGGGCUCCAUGAUGUUGGGGUGCAUCACUGACUUCUUCACCUACGAGACCACCAAGUCUGUUGUGGUCAAGAGCUGGUCUGUGGGCAUCAUCAACCGGAUUGUACAGCUGCUCAUCAUUUCAUAUUUUGUCGGCUGGGUCUUCAUCCACGAGAAAGCUUAUCAGGUGAAGGACACCGGCAUCGAGUCCUCUGUGAUGACCAAAGUAAAAGGCUUCGGUUACCAUAACAACCAAGUGAUGGAUGUGGCCGACUAUGUCUUCCCCCAACAGGGCUCAGGUAUCUUCUGCAUCAUGACCAAAGUCAUCAUCACGGAAAAUCAGUCUCAAGGAACUUGUGCAGAGUUGGGGAAGAACUUUAAAUGCUCCAACGAUACGGACUGCCAUAAACAUUAUGGCAGCAUCCUUUCCAACGGGGUAAUAACAGGUGUUUGCCUUAACUCCUCCAAUGACACCAUGGGCUAUUGCGAGAGUUCAGGAUGGUGUCCAGCCGAGAACGACCAAGUUAAGAUCGAUCCGAUGCUGGAUGUGAGCAACUUCACCAUCUUCAUCAAAAACAGCGUUCGCUUUCCACUGUUCAACGUCACCAGAGGGAAUUUUCUCUCCACAAUGUCGUCCCAGGAAAUCAAAACAUGUAAAUACCAUCCGGAGACGAGCCCCUACUGCCCCAUCUUUCUUGUGGGGGACGUGCUGAGCUUCACUGACCAGAAUGCGUCUGAGCUAGCAGACAAGGGUGGAGAAAUAGGAAUAAAUAUUGAGUGGAAGUGUAACUUGGACCUGGACAUUAAACAUUGUUUACCCAAGUACUCAUUCACACGACUGGACGCACCGUUUUCCAAGAAUAAGAUCUCCAGUGGCUACAACUUCAGAUUUGCCAAAUAUUUCAAGACAGAGAAUGGGACUGAUUUCCGGACACUUCACAAAGCAUUUGCCAUCCGCUUUGAUGUGAUGGUCACUGGCAAUGCAGGAAAGUUUGACACAAUCCCAACACUGAUCAACUUGGUAGCUGCCUUCACCUCUGUUGGACUGGGUACGGUUCUCUGUGACAUUAUCCUACUGAACUUCUUGAAAGGGGCAAAACAGUACAAAGCCAAGAAGUUUGAAGAGGUGUCGGAGGCUCAGAUAGAAGCGUACCUUGCUCGAAGCCCAGGCAGCCAGCUGUCCCUCAGACCAGGUCUCAAGAGCUCCUAUGACUCUGGAGCCAUUUCCUUCACUACCUCUGACCAACCUUUCUGA